AUGUCACCGGAUAUCCCUCACAUUUAUUGGAAGGAGUUGUAUUCGAGAGAUCACUCAUGGGAGAAGAUUCGAAGAAUAUUCAGCCAUGUUGUUGAUGGCAUUGAUGAAGAGUACGACUGGUACUUGAGAGCCGAUGACGAUGCAUAUGUGAUUGUCGAGAAUCUUCGAGAGUUUCUGUCCAAGUAUUCCAGUAAAGAAACCAUUACUUCGGCUACAGGUGGAACUUUUUCGUGGUACCCACACGGUUACGCUGACGGUGGAGUGUAUGUGCUUUCACGACCUGCCGUCGAAGUUUUCAACCGAAUCAUGAAGAACCCGAGGCUCUGCCCGGAACAUCACAGAGCAGAAGAAGAUCAAGAGAUGGGACGCUGUUUGGCGGCGGCUGGAAUAUACCCUGAAGAUACUCGAGAUGAAAAUGGAUCAGAC